GCUAUUCAAAUCAAUAUACGGCAAAAGAACCAUCUAUAAUUCAGUUGCUUUCCCCUGUUCAACAGUCAAACAAUUAAACAGCGAAUACAAUGGAAUUUCUCUCUAAGAUCACCAAGGACGGCUCCAACGAGACUACAGCGGGUGUUCUCGGCCAUAAAAAUAUAUAUGCUGGCAACAAAAACGAGGCGAUUCAGAUCGGGAGAAACCACAAUAACUACCAUAAGGGUGACCGUAAUAGGACUAUUCAGCAAGGAUCGGCUCAUCAUAACAUAGUCGAUUCCGGAGACAGCAAUGGGAUAGCUCAGUUUGGCGACGAAAACCACAAUUUUACGAAUGGCGACAGAAACCGUACGGGCCAGAUUGGCACCGGGCUUGAGAAUAAUAUCAAUAAGCGAACCAAUAAAAGAGCUGAGGAAAAGAAGUACGGCGAAACUACGAUUCAGCCUAACGAUAAGGCGCGAGAAGACGUCGAGUCACAGCAGGGUGGCCUCCAGGGAUGGCUGGGGAAAUUCAGAAUGGAUUGGCCGGGGGCAGAAGAAUGGACCUGGGGACGAAUGUGGGCAUGGAUAAACGAGACCAGUUGA